CGAGCCAGCUCGAAUGAAGAGCUGCUGUUGCUGAUGGAAGGAUGUAAUGUAGGCCUCUGUAAAAAAUGGGCAGCAAAAAAGAGCUUCUAUUUCGCUUUGGAGACCCUCGAAGGAGUAAGGUGUGCCAGUGUACAGAUGUUUAGUAGCAGCCAGUAUGGAUGGAUUCAUGAGGAGGUAACGCAGGAACCUUAAGGCACCUGCAGAUACUGUCAUCCUAUCCCAUCGGUAGGAUGGAGAAAAUAAUGGAAGUCACCCCAAUCCACCGACGCAGCCACCCAGAGGUCGCCAUGGUGAAUGGGAACUCCACGGUGAUAUCAGAAGAGGAAGAGGAGGACAUGGAGGUUGGAGGGAUGACAGAGGUCGUGGAGGUGAAUGGGGCGGAGUCACAGUCCUACCACAACGGCUUUAAGCACAUCACUCAGACGAAUCUCAGCACCCUUCAUGACAAGCAGGGUUGUGAUGCUGAGAGCAGUGGGCGGAACGGCUUCCGCAGAUUGCAGUUUGAUGCCACCCAGCUCCUCCCCGAGGAGGCUUGCCAUCCAGCCCAGAGUCCCAUCGGCUCCCCGAUGCUACCCAACGGCGGGGAUGCGGCACCCCGGGGGAGAACUCUAGACCCGAGCCGACUGAGCCUGGACUUGCCCACCACCCUGGUGUCGGAAUCCUCCGCCAGCCCGACCGAGGAGGAGAACCGGAACAAUCUCACCAAACAGAGAGAGGGUCUCUCACCCGACCGUGGGGGUCUGUCACCUGUGACAGCCUGCAUAAAGGACAAACUCCCCCCACCAAGAGAGUCACUACUCCUGAGACUUUUUGAAUCCAAGCUUCUAGAUGCUUCUAUUGCCAUAACUCACUUGUACAAAUCCAAAGAACCCGGUGUACAGACCUACAUUGCUAAUAAAUUAUUCAGCUUAGACGAGGCGGACUUUGACUUCUACUUGCCACAAGUUCUCAACAUCUAUCUCAGCAUGAGUGACCUAGCAGAGGUCCUCAAGCCUUACAUCAUCCACAGAUGCAAAUCCAGCAUCGACUUCUCGUUGAGCGUGGUCUGGCUUUUGGAAGCCUACAUGCACAACACGGGGGUGCAGUCACGCAAGCACUCACGGGGCACCAGGCUGCGCAACCAGAUCCUCUCGGAGGAGCUGAGACCGACGAGUAAAGGGUCAAAGAAGGACUUGACAGGGAGCGUCGGCAACGCACCAUCCAGCCCGACAACUGUGCUGUCACCAACGAAGAAGACCCACACGCGGUCACGGUCGGAUGCGUCAUGCUUCAUGGGCCAGGUCUCGACAGGUACUCUGCGACGUGUUAACAGCACCUCGUCGGCCAUCUCCAUGGGCGACCUGUCAUCGGGCCACGCGUUUGACAGCGGCUGCACCUGCUUUGACAACACGGUCAACGUGCUGAAGGUCAUGAAGGGGGGCUACCUGCCCAAGCAGGAAUGCCACUGUCAGGCCCCUAGACUCUCCGCUGAGUUGGAGUUCAUCAGUGCAUUGAUGGCUAUUGGGAACCGGCUACAGGGACUACCAACCAGGGAGAUGAGAACGAGUAGACUGCUGGCGGAGUUGUCCAUGAUGAAUAUGAACCUUCCGGCUCGAAUCUGGCUGCCUACUCACUCCGAGUUUGACUAUCACGUCGUCAGGAUUCCUCACUCCUCAGGGGUGGUGCUCAACUCUAAGGACAAGGCUCCGUACCUGAUCUACGUUGAAGUCUUAGAAUGCGAUAACAAGCACACCUCCCCACUCCCUCAGAAGAUCAUGGAGAACACCCUCCGCUACACCAAAUCAGAAGAGAACCUUCAAAAGUUCUUCCUGAGUGAAAACCAGUCCUCUUACACACCACCGGGCGCCUUCUCCGUCUACCACCUGAACGACGUGGACCAUGACUGCUGGUCACAAGAGGACGACGAGAUCUUGCAGCAAUACCAGUAUUCCAAGAAGAAUGGCUCCAGCGACACCAUCUCACAGAUGUCACAUGACAGCAACACCAGCACAGACAGCAAGGAGCCUGUCUACAUCGCAGCGGGCGAUGUCCGACGGCGACUGACGGAAUACCUGACCGCGCCCAGCACCUACUUCAAGCGAGAUCCAGAGGACCCCUCAGCAGCAGCCCUCAAGGAACCCUGGGAGGAGAAGGUCAAACGGAUCCGGGAGUCCUCACCCUACGGUCACCUGCCCAACUGGCAUCUGCUGUCGGUCAUUGUCAAAUGCGGCGAUGACUUGAGACUAGAGCUGCUGGCGUACCAGCUUCUGAAGCAACUACAGAAUAUUUGGAAGCAGGAGCACGUCCCCCUCUGGGUCCGCCCCUCCCACAUUGUGGUCACCUCCAGCAAUAGUGGGUUGAUUGAACCUAUCAUCAAUGCAGUCUCCCUGCACCAGAUCAAGAAAAACAGCAAGGUGUCUUUGCUCAAUUACUUCUACAAUGAGUUUGGCGGUCCCAGCACCGAGGGUUUCCUGACUGCACAGAAGAACUUUGUGCAGAGUUGCGCUGCCUAUUGCCUGGUCUGCUAUUUGAUUCAAGUCAAGGAUCGGCACAACGGUAACAUCUUGCUGGACCCGACUGGCCACAUCAUCCACAUCGACUUUGGUUUCAUCCUGUCCUCCUCGCCACGGAACCUGGGCUUUGAGGCGUCCCACUUUAAACUCACGCCCGAGUUCGUCGAGGUCAUGGGUGGUGUUGGAAGUGACAUGUUUGAAUACUUUAAGAUCUUGAUGCUGCAAGGGUUGAUAGCGGCCAGGAAACACCAAGAUAAACUGGUUCAACUGGUUGAAGUCCUUCAAUCAGGCACUCAGUUGACGUGUUUCAAGCAGGGCGCCAGCACGGUGCGAGCGUUCCGCGACCGCUUCCACACCAACCUGACGGAGGAACAGCUGCAGCUGUGGACGCAGAACAUGGUGGAGUCUAGCAUGCACUCGCUGACUACGCGGCUGUACGACGGCUUCCAGUACCUGACCAACGGCAUCUUCAUCUGAGGGGGCACGUCCAUCGUCUGGUCUCUUCCAAAGGCUAGAUCACUUGUUAGACAUUGUCAAGCUUGUUGGGCGUUAACCAGGUUGGAGCCUGCAGGUUUUCAGCAGGUGGUUUUGAGACAGUGGAGGUUGUUUUUGUGUGUACAGUUAUCAGUUCUGUUUAUGCGGAUGUGCUAUUGUUAUCGUGAUUGCAUUUGGCAACUUUGGAUGCAUUUGGAGACGUUUUACCGACAGCAGGGCCAAACAUGUAUUGUGGAGUUUCUAAGUGACCACAGAGGGAGUCGUCGUAUUGUGAAUUGCAAUUUGCAUCAAGUUCUAUAAGAUGUAACUUUUAGAGCUCAGUAGUGGAUACUUCUACCACUUUGUUUUUUAUGCAUUCCUUGCCAAAGUUUUUGCAAGAAGCCAAUUUAUCUGCCACAGGAGUGCAGAGAAACAGCGAAUGGCAGCGUGCUUCACCCAUUGCAGCUUUGUUACAGAAAAGGUUCAGUUUCUAUUUUUCAUCUUAGUUUGAGUCGUAUCCACCCAACUUCCCAGUUCCGAAACUUCACCUACGUCUGUAUCACUCAAGGAAUUCCGUGUGGACAUUAAAUACUGCUGAUUUCAGCUUUGACCGAGAAGCAGGUGGGCUUUCUGGUACCUGAGAAGUCAAGUUAUAGUUCAGUCGAUUUGGCAAGCUCCAACUGGCUUCGAAUUGAGAGAAUAACUACCAGCAUUUUGUGCCAUGGAAUAUCAGCUUGAAAAAAAGCGGAUUUGUAAAUAGCACGGUCGGGUUGUGAUCUCUGAAAUGCACAGCUCGGAAGUAGAUUUAUGUUGCUGUGUAUCGUCGGUCCAGUUUUAUGAAUUGCUGAGGUUGAAGGCUCACUGAUAAGAAAGAAAUGUUUGCAGGUAGUUAGGGUGGGAAUUUACGUUAAUUUGAAAAAUGUUUAGAAAACUUUCCCAGACAGUUUAACGUUUAGCCAACCCUUUACAUAGGCUGCUGCCUACCUCGGUGUUUUCAUAUAUGCUUAAUUAUAUGGUUUAACAAUGUACAUGGCCCAACAAAUGUAAAAAUGUAGAUUGUUUUAGAAUCCACUUUUUUCUCAAAAAGUGCCUGGAUGCCGAAGGGGAAAAAACCCCAGUAUGUUACAGGUAUCGUUCACACCAAAAAUGAACACCAGAUUUCAUCUAUCAAAACGUCAAACUUCUAAAAGGUAUGGUUCCGUUUAAAACCUGUUGGGAAAAUCUGUAAACAGAUUUGGAACUUGUUUUGGUUUAAACGUGUAAACAUCCCACCCUCAGCAGACAGCAACGGGGUAUUUCCUGUGGCUACAAAAUCAUGAGGACUUUCCUCGUCCUGCUUUAAAAAGGACUCUCAUUCCAUGAAAUCGAACCCAAUUCAACCGUUCUUUGUAGCCCAGUACCGAUAGUACAGCUGCAAAAUACACUUGAGUGUGCUCAAAGUUGCACCAUAAUUUGGAGAAGGUUUUCCGAACAAACUCAAGCCAAAUGCCAUCCACUUUCCAUUAGUGCUGUUUUUGCCACAUCUAAAAAAUGGCCAGUAAGUAGUAGCUGUCCUGACAUAUUUUGUAGCUUAUCGGGCAGUUUUGUCAUUUCCUUUGGAGAGGGUUUUUGCAAAAAAAAAAUUUUUCAAACUGAGCAGUGAAAAACGCUACACAAUUUCUAUACAAGUUCUCAGCCAUUUUUUUUUCAUUGAAUCAGUUUCUUUGAAUUCACGAAUCUGCGUUUGUGUAAACUUUGGAGAAAUUAGGUUUGGUUUGAGUCUAAAUUUGAUUGUAAACGACUUAUAGAUAAACUGAAUGUGAGAUUAGAUUUGAAACUGAAUAGUUAUCCAGUAGAUUUGACCUUUGACUCUUCCAUCAUCUUGUCAGGGAGGGAGUAACUCUGAACUGGAGCCAUUGUGUAAAUAGACAGAUGUACAUGUACAUUAUGUAGGGCACAUCAUUAGCCUGUCUGAAGCAUGGUGGAUGUAAUGGGAGGGCGCUUCUUCAAGUGGGAAAAUUUGGAGUCAACAGAAAAGGUUUUACCCCAACAAAUGGCACCCUCCUAUUCUGUGAUACCUCAAAUAGGCUGUUACACUUUGCAUGUAAAUUGUUCAGAUAUGUAAAAAGUGUACCAUAAAAAAUUGCUAAUUUUAUAUAAAGCCGUCUAGAAAAAAACAGGUAGGUAUGUUGUAGAAAUUGGGCAAAUGAUCUAUGGGUAGAAUCUUGUUAAAAAAUCGGGGGAUUUUUUUUCUCGUCUGCAUGGGGAAGCCCAUUUCAAAAACUGUAUCUGCUGUUCAACUUUGGCGAUGGCCUGCGGGGGGUCAAGCGCCCUCGGGGGGAAUUCCGGCAGAAGUUUUCCCAGGCGGCAGGCAGCUGGGUUCUGCGUGUGCAAUGUCUUGAUUCCUCUGUCUUGCCUUGCUAUUUUGAAACAGAGGUUUCAGGAAAGCAAAAAUACGUAGAAGUUGCUUAGAGAGACAAUCAACAAUGCAGUGCCCCUUUCUUCAAAAGGAAGAAUUGGCAAAAUAGUACAUUUAGUGAAAUUGGAAGUAUGUGUAUCUUUGCAAAUGUUGCUAUUCUUUUUUCGGGGGGGGGAGGUUUGUCUGUGCCAAAACGAGUGAUAAAUGAAAUUCAAGAGGGAAGUCUCUAUUCCACAUGUCAAAAAUUUUUGCAGCGUUUCCAUGCAAUCUUUUCGGCUAAUGGGCUUUACUGUCCGGAAAUAUUUUCGGCUAAUGGGCUUUACUGUCCAAAAAUAUGUGAAAGUCAGGGUACCAGUCACAACAAUUUUUGUAAGUUGUAGUGUGCUAUGACUGGUUUCUCUGCAGGUGUAUACCAGGCAAAGGCCGUUGCUAAUCCUGUUUUUUGGUGGGCAUACUGAAAAUUCAUUUUGAAAAAAAAUUGGAAAGGAAACUUGUGAGAAUGUCCAGCCUGGUGAUUCAUGUUUGUGAUUCUUUCCAACAGGUGGGUAUUGGAUCUUGUAAAAUAGUGCUGGAGUCAAGUACAUUUGUGACCCCCCCCUUCCUUGAAAAUGAGUCACAAGGGCCAUUUGUUUUCAGUAAUUUCACUUAAGGUUGCAUUUGGAAAGCAAGCCAAGCUUUUUGGAUGGCAUCCGGAUGAAAAUGGACAUUGUGGAGCUGAAAAAUUUAAGGGUUCCCAUCGAUUUCCAUGGAGCAAGAUCAUUUUCAGGGCCUGUAACUCAAAAGUGGCUCUCAUGUCUCAUUUCUGUGCGUGUGAGCUCGGUUGCAGAAAAAGAGUACUCAGUUACAAGUAUUUGUACUACAGCACUAUUACUCGCGAGUGUGACUGUGAAAAAUUGAGAAGUGCUGCUGCUGUUGAUUUUUUAGCUCGCUAGAAAGAAACAUGGCAAGGUAAUCUCUAGAUAUCGACAUGGGCUUAAAACAGUGGCAUGGUUAUGGAUCAUUACAGCUUUGACAUUUAUGACACGUCAAAUUCCACUGUGUGCCUGCUUGUAGGAAAAGCAAAGAUUGUUUGCAAAAUUGUUAAAGAAAUGUAUCAGCCAAAACAAUGCAAGAAUGUACAAAUGAAGUCUCUCUGGAUCUUUUUGGGUAGUUUAGUGAAAUUUUUAUCACCGUGGAAACAGUAAUGUGAAUAUAAAAAAAUUGUGCAUAUAGGAAAUGUGAAUAAUGUGUAGUCAGAUAUUCUUAUGUGUCUGAUUUGUCUGAAUUGGAAUUGUGAAUUAUAAAGGGAAGUGUGAGUCCCGCUAUCUUGAUUUCAGAGGAGGCCUCAAAGUGAUUAAAAAACCCUUCCUGUUGAAAGAAAAUGAUCUGGGAAUCAUUGUUGAAAUGACCUGGGAAUUCUUUGCACAUUGGCGUAUGGGUCGCAGCCAGACCCGGAAAGCUUGACCUCAGGUUGUCAUGAAGAUCUGCAUGGCUUAAAAAGUUAUACAUUGUCAUUACAUAAGACUGAAUUUUGGUUGUUAGAUUUUGUCAGACCCAGUGACACAGCUCAAGCUGGUGGUAUGACCCAAUGCUGACCUUUAACCUUUAGCAGGAGUAGUCUCUUCCUCAAGUCACUGCUUUUGUUAAUAAUAGCCACUUAGCAUAUUGCAUGAUAGAAGCUUAAUAAGUGAAAGUAUAUACAGUGUAUGUUGUCAUUAUGUUAUGUAUUGUAUGAUUCUUAUGUGAUUUGUAGAAGACAGUGUAAUUUAUUUUUGAGUUGAACAAGAACACAAAAGUCAAUCUGCACAAGUGCCCAUAUUCUGGCUCUAAGCCAAUCAAUAAAUCACACAUUUUAUAGUUUUAAUGAAGUGAUUAUACACGGUGGAUUUGUAAUCUUGAGGAUGUGCACUUUUUUAAAAAGGGGAGUCAUUUAAUAUUUAGAUGCCGGAGAGCUUUCUCCAGUUACCAUCUUAAUGCCAUAGCCAGUAUGAAAAAGAUUGAACAAAUAUUGCUAAGUUGAAUUUCUUUGGGGAAAAUAUAAUUGAUUGCAAAAUGAUACCCAAUCUCUCACUUUUUCUUCAGAGAAAUGCUCCUGUUGGAUUGCAAGUGCUUAGUAGCCUCAAUUAAGAUGGCAUGUGCAGGUGUAAGCAGGUGCAUAAACAAGCCCACAUUUAGAGGCUGGGGAUAAGAAUAACACAUGUGUCUAUGAGAAGUGGCUGGAGUGGCUAAGGCUGUGGCUUUCCAUAAGCCUGCUUGUUGUUUUCAGCCACAGCAAAAACAAUAGCUGGGACCCAAUUUCUUGAAGCAGCUUCAAAUAUUUAUGAGGUUUCACUGGGUUUGGGGGACACCUCAGGGUUAAACCUUGAGGUUACUGCCUGUGUAAUUUGUCAUUCUCCCCAUAUCAAAUCUGUGGCAAGCACAAGUCAGCAGAGUACCAGUCACUCACACCGUUCAUCAUAUGACAUUUCAGCUGGUAACCAAUAGCUUAGGAAGUGUAUUUGCUCCUUUUUUUGUCAGAGAGACAGACUCUUAUUACUCACAUCUUUGCAACAGUGACAGCUGGCAGCGUCCCUACUGCUCCCCCAAACUUCACAAAUUUCUCAAAAUUUUAUCUUGGCUGUUGCAUUACACGCUGUUCCUUUUUGAAAUUCAAUGUUUGGAUCCAUAUGUAGAUGUCCUUUCAUUUCUAGUUCUACCAUUUUUCUGAAGGCUUCAAUAGCUGUACUUCUAUAAUGUCAUUUGUAUGUGGACAUGGAGUUUGUUUAGGUCAAUGUUUACAUGUAUAGCAUAUUUGUCAUACCCUUAAAAUGUGUACAGAGUGCCAUUUGUAAUAAAACGAACAGCAAAUAUGAACA